GGGGCGCUGCAGCACCACGCGGAGGCGCCGCGCAGGCGCCCCCUGGAGGCCAAGGAGGCGGCGGCGGCGCUGGGCGAGGCCAGGGGCGUGGCCAGGGCCAGGGGGCUGGAGCACGUGCUCAAGCUGAAGCUGCUGCAGGAUCAGCAAAAAACGGAAAUUCUGCAAUUUGUGCUGUCGCUGUUGGAGGCUCAGGCCGCAUUUUUCAGCCGCGGCCACCAGGGGGCGACAGCGACGCGCGACUACCGGGGACACCUGGGGGCGCAGUUGGAGCAGGGGCAGCUGGAGGGGGCGCGGCGGCGCCGGGACCUGGAGCAGCGGCAGCAGCUCCUCCUGCAGCAGGACCUGUCACAGGAGGAGGUGGGCGUGGCCACGGGGGAGGCGGGGCCUGAGGCUCCGCCCAUUCAGGGUUACCUGUACAAGAGAGCGAGCAACGCCUUCCGCACCUGGAGCAGGCGCUGGUUCUUCAUCCAGAGCAACCAACUGCUCUACCUGAAACGGGCCCGAGACCCCCCCACGGUGGUGAUCGAGGACCUGAGGCUCUGCACGGUCAAACCCUGCCCCGACCUCGAGCGCCGCUUCUGCUUCGAGGUCGUCUCCCCCUCCAAGUCGUGCGUGCUGCAGGCGGACUCGGGCCCGGGGCAGCAGCGCUGGGUGAGCGCCGUGCAGAGCGGGAUCGCCUGCGCCUACAGCCAGGGGGCGCCGCCACAGACGGUGCCCCCCAGGGCGGGGUCGCUGUCGGGGCCCCCCCCGGAGCCCCCCCCGGUUUUGGGGGCGAUUUUGGGGCUGGAGGGGAACGGGAGCUGCUGCGACUGCAGGGAGCCCCGGCCAGAAUGGGCCAGCGUCAACCUGGGCAUCACCCUGUGCAUCCAGUGCUCGGCCAUCCACAGGAGUUUGGGGGUUCACUUCUCCAAGGUUCGCUCGCUCACCCUGGACUCGUGGGAACCCGAACUGGUGAAGCUGAUGUGCUCCCUGGGGAACCUGGCCCUGAACGGGAUUUAUGAGGCGCGGGUGGAGGAGAUGGGGGUCAAGAGACCCCCCCCGAGCUGCUCCCGGGCCCAGCGCGAGAGUUGGAUCCGGGCCAAGUACGUGGAGAAGCGAUUCGUGAGGGGCGUGGCCGGACACGCCCCCAGGCCACGCCCCUCGCGCCAGGGACACGCCCCCAGACCAAGCCCCGCCCCCCGAGGGGGCCCUGCCCAAGCUCCGCCCCCGGAUCCCGCCGAGCCCGAGGGCGCCCCCUGCCUGCACCCCGGGGCUCUGCUGUCCUGGGCCGCCCGGCGGCGCCGCCUGCGCACCAUGGCCGAGGCGCUGGCCCAGGGCGCCGACCCCGGCUGGGCCAACAGCGCCGAGGGCAACCGCACCCCCCUGCUGGAGGCCGUGGCCGUGAAUUCCCUGCUGGCCUGCGAGUUCCUGCUGCAGAACGGGGCCAGCGUCAACCAGAGCGACAGCUGCGGGCGGGGCCCGCUGCACCACGCCACCAUGCUGGGACACACCGGCCUGGCCUGCCUGUUCCUGAAGCGGGGGGCCGACGUCAACGCGGUGGACGCGGACGGGAGGGACCCCCUGACCAUCGCCAUGGACUUGGCCAACGCCGACAUCGUCACCCUGCUGCGAUUGGCCAAGAUGAGAGAGCUGGAGGUGGCCCAGGGACAGACCGGUGACGACACCUACCUCGACAUCUUCCGCGACAUCUCCCUGAUGGCCUCGGACCACCCCGAGAAACUCGCCCGGGCCCCUCCCCCCAAACACUCCACCCUUUAGCCCCGCCCCCUCGGCAAAGCCACGCCCAUCCCGCAGAACCACGCCCCCUCCUCGGGCAGCAGCCAAUGGAAUAAAGGCAGGGUUUGAUCAAAAUUCA